UUUUUGAAGUAGGGACUGGCUGGCGAGAGCCAAGUCGUGGGCUUUGCUCUUCUGUGGGAAACAAAGAAAGCUCAUUGUUGAAGGUCCUCUUCUUAGUCGUUUCGGGCGGUACGGGUCGUGAUCCGGACAGCGUUCAAUUCUAAGGUUUUUUAAGGCUUCAGUCACUGUGUACUCUCUACCCUUCUCAGCUUCUCUAUCUUAAUUCUCUAGAAUUCUGAACCUUGAUUUAUCCUCGCGGAGAAGAUUGUGUAACUUUGAUCGCAAGAGGGCUUUGGAACUCAAUUGGGCAGCUAAGCAAUAGCUCCUGAACAGUGCGAUGGCCAAGAAGAACAAGAAUCCUGGACGGGGAGGGUAUUAUGGUGGUGCUUUUGAGCAGGCUGGUGAAUGCGAGGGCUCUGGUAGCUCUGGACGAAUUGAUGCUGAAAUUACUGCCUCUGAGGAUUCAAGUGCUCCAACAAGGAAAUGUAUUAGUUUGAAUUCUAGUAAACGCGACAGUUUUGGUGUGCCUAUAGAAGUUCUCCCCCUGUCAAACAUGUUGUCCUCCGAAAGGAAAGAUUUGCUACAUAGGUUGAGAAUGGAACUUGAACAGAUUCGAAUACUUCAGAAGAAAGUUGAAAUGCAUAGAACCAAUGGUGUUACAGUGUCCUCUUCUAGUGACAUCCUCAGCUGCAACAAUGGCCGGAAUGGGCCUCAUAUUGAAAAUCUCCGUAAGUCAUCAGCCUUAACUGGGCAGGGGAAAAAACUGAAUCCUGUAGCAUCAAAAGCACAGGCAUGGAAUCCAGGCACUUCCGGCCGGGUUGAGUCAGUGAAUCAGGCUUCAGCACCUAGCACUGCUAGUGUGAUUCUGAUGAAACAAUGCGAGACACUAUUGAAACGGUUAAUGUCCCAUCAAUUUUCUUGGGUUUUCAAUACCCCUGUUGAUGUGGUGAAGUUGAAGAUUCCGGAUUAUUUCACUGUCAUCAAGCAUCCAAUGGAUUUGGGUACGGUAAAGACCAAGAUAGCUUCAGGAUCUUAUUCAAGCCCAUUGGAGUUUGCUGCUGAUGUCAGGACUACCUUCACCAAUGCUAUGACCUACAAUCCACCAACAAAUGAUGUCUAUGUCAUGGCUGAUACUCUUAGUAAAUUUUUUGAAGUCAGGUGGAAAACCAUUGAGAAAAAACUGCCAAAGGCUGAUUGCCAACCACCACCAGCUAAAUCUGGUCCUCAUGAAGCGGUAGAAACUCCUAAGCCACUGCCCCCCGCGAAAAAGAGGAUGAUCACGUCACUGCACCAUGAAGUCAAGUCUGAGCCUGCUAAGCAGGUAAUGACAAAGGAGGAGAAACAUAAUCUCAGCAGAGAUUUGGAGUCUUUGCAUGGAGAAAUACCUUUAUUCAUCAUUGAUUUCUUGAGGGAAAAUUGUUCAAAUGGAAAGGACUCUGAAGAGGAUGAGAUUGAGAUUGAUGUUGAUGAUCUAAGUGAUGAUACCUUGUUCACAUUGAGGAAGCUUUUAAAUGAGCAUUUGCAAGAGAAACAAAAGAACCAUGUGAGGGCUGAACCUUGUUCAAUAGAGCUUUUGAACGAAUCAGGGUUGAGCAAUUCAUCCAUGCAGCCAUGCAAAGGGAAUGACCCAGCCGAUGAGGAUGUUGAUAUUGGUGGAAAUGAGCCUCCUGUCUCAAGCUAUCCUCCUGUGGAGAUAGAAAAGGAUACAGGCUAUAAAAUUAGUAAAGGCAUCAGCUCAAGCAGCUCCAGCGAUUCAGAUUCUAGCAGUUCUGAGAGUGAAUGUGAUGAUGCUAAGGCCUCAAGUCCGGUACCAGAAACUGUAGGUUCUGGAGCUCAGUUAGAUGAAAAGACAAUUGAUAGUCGCCUUGAAGGAAAUCAAUCAAAUGGCAGUUUUCUCCAACAAAGACCCCUUACCUCAUACAGUAGUGGACAGAGAGAGUCUGAUAGUGGGUUGGAUCAAGUUGAACAAAGUUCCCAGCAGAAGCCAAGUCCUGUGGAGUCAGAUUGUUGUCAGGAUGGGGACAGUGCUCCCACAGAGAGGCCGGUCUCCCCUGAGAAGCAGUACAGGGCUGCUCUAUUGAAGAAUCGUUUUGCUGAUACCAUUUUAAGAGCUCGAGAGAAAACACUUAAUCAGGGUGACAAAGGAGAUCCUGAGAAAUUGCGGCAGGAGAGGGAGGAACUUGAAUUGCAACAGAAGAAAGAAAAAGCACGGUUACAAGCAGAAGCCAAGGCGGCCGAGGAUGCUCGAAGGCGAGCUGAAGCAGAAGCUGCAGCAGAGGCUAAAAGGAAGAGGGAGCUUGAGAGAGAAGCAGCACGGCAGGCAUUGCUGCAGAUAGAAAAGACGGUUGAAAUCAAUGAGAACUCUCAGUUUCUUCAAGAUCUGGAAAUGCUAAGAACUGCCCCUGUGGAGCAGUUACCAAGCUCUGUAGAUGAAACAAGCCCAGAUCACUCGCAGGAUGGCUUAGGCGGUUUUAGGUUUGGUGGAAGUAACCCUCUGGAACAACUUGGCUUGUACAUAAAAGACGAUGAAGAGGAGGAAGAAAUUGAGCCUGCUGCUAGUGUUCCAAGUCCUGUAAAUGAUAUAGAGGAGGGAGAAAUUGAUUAAACAGCUGCUGCUUUUGUAUUCAUGAACGAA